AUGGCUGCUGCCAGCAAUCCACUAUCUGAAGAUCAGUUUCUGUGCUCCAUCUUUCUGGAUGUGUUCACUGAUCCUGUCAGCACACCAUGUGGACACAACUUCUGCAAAACCUGCAUCAUUGAACACUGGAAAUCGAGUUACAGGUACCAGUGCCCCUUGUGUAAGAAAGUUUUCAACACAAGACCUGAACUGCACGUUAACACUUUCAUCACUGAGAUGGUUAUUCAGUUCAGACAGUCAGCUCAGCAGAAAGCCAGCAGCAGCAGAUCAGAGCAACAAGUGUCUGAACCAGGAGACGUUCCCUGUGACGUCUGCACUGGAACCAAACUGAAGGCCCUGAAGUCCUGCCUGGUGUGUCUGGCCUCCUACUGUGAGACUCACCUGGAGCCUCAUCUGACAGUGUCAGGCCUGAAAAGACAUCAGCUGAUCAACGCUGUGGAGAACCUGGAAGGUAGGAUGUGUACGAAGCACGAUAAACCUCUGGAGCUGUUCUGUAAGACCGACCAGACGUGUGUCUGCAUGCUCUGCACUAUUUUAGACCACAAGGCACACUCUGUUGUUCCUCUGAUAGAAGAAUAUGCUGGAAAAAAGGCCGAGCUGGGAAAGACAGAUGCUGACAUUCAGAAGAUGAUCCAGAAGAGACGACUGAAGAUUCAGGAGAUCAAACACUCAGUUGACCUCAGUGAGAAAGAUGCAGACAGAGAGAUAUCAGAAGGAGUUCAGGUCUUCACUGCUCUGAUGGAGGCUGUUGAGAGAGGCCUGAAUGAGCUCAUCAAAACUAUAGAAGAGAAGCAGAGAAUGACACAGAAACAGGCUGAAGACUUCAUCAAAGAGCUGGAACAGGAAAUCUCUGAGCUGAAGAAGAGAAGCACUGAGGUCGAGCAGCUCUCACGCUCUGAAGACCACCUCCAUCUCCUCCAGAGUGUCCAGUCCCUAAACACCCACCACCCAACACCCACCAAGGACUGGACAGAGGUCAGCGUCUGUCCAUCAUCAUAUGAGGGGACUGUGGAGAGAGCUGUGGCUCAGCUGGAGGAGACACUCAGUGAAGAGAUGAAGAAGCUGCUCCCUGAGUUUGAGCUGAAGAGGGUCCAGCAGUAUGCAGUGGAUGUGACUCUUGAUCCUGAUACAGCACAUCCCUACAUCAUCCUGUCUCAUGGUGGGAAACAAGUGAAACAUGGUGAUGUGAAGAAGAAUCUCCCAGACUACCCUGGGCGAUUUUCUUUUCAUACUUAUGUUUUAGGAAAACAGAGUUUUACUUCAGGCAGAUCUUACUUUGAGGUUCAAGUUCAAGGAAAGCCUUACUGGAAUUUAGGAGUGGCCAGAGAGUCAAUCGACAGAAAGGGAGGCAUCACACUGAGCCCUCAGAUCGGUUGCUGGAGUAUAUGGUUGAGGGAUGGAAAAGAGUACAAAGCUCUUGAUGCCCCUCCGGUCCUUCUCUGUCUGAGGUCCUGGCCUCAGAAGGUGGGGGUGUUUGUUCAUUAUGAGAAGGGUCUGGUCUCCUUUUAUGACAUAAAUGCUGCAACUCAUAUCUACUCAUUCACUCACUGCUCCUUCACUGACAAACUCUUCCCAUUCUUUGGUCCUUGUCUUAAUAAUGCUGGUACCAAUUCUGCUCCUCUGAUCAUCUGUCCUGUUAACAGAACGUAUUAA